UUGACAGGUCGCUGUCUGCAGUAACGACACACUUGGCGAGAGGGAAACGUCCACUGACAUCCCUGGUUAUCCGCUGACGGGUUACGGCUAGAGAGCGACUACACGGUCUCUUCUGAAAGACUAGGCGUCUGUUAAAUAUAGCCGCGUAUUUUGUGUUAUUCCUGCUUCGGCUAACCAUCUAGCUAAUGGUAGCUGUUUCCUGGUUGGAGCUGCAGCCAUUUUGGAUUUUAACUGAGCAACAACCAGCCGGCGGCCGUGUUUGUGGUUCAGGUUCUGUUUCUGGGAGCAGUGUUAGCUAGGCAGCGCUGUUUAUCUGCAGACACAGGACAAGAGACAUUCCACGAGACAGGAUCCACUAUACAACGAAUCAACAAUGAAUCCUGAAUAUGACUAUUUAUUCAAGCUGCUCCUGAUUGGUGACUCUGGUGUUGGAAAGUCUUGCCUCCUUCUCCGAUUUGCAGAUGACACAUACACAGAAAGUUACAUUAGCACUAUUGGUGUGGACUUCAAAAUACGAACUAUAGAACUAGAUGGAAAGACCAUUAAACUUCAGAUUUGGGAUACGGCGGGUCAAGAGAGGUUUCGUACAAUCACGUCCAGCUACUACAGAGGUGCUCAUGGUAUCAUUGUAGUGUAUGACGUCACAGACCAGGAGUCCUUCAACAAUGUCAAACAGUGGCUACAGGAGAUUGACCGCUACGCCAGUGAAAAUGUCAACAAGCUUUUGGUUGGGAACAAGUGUGACCUGACAACAAAGAAGGUGGUGGAUUACACAACAGCGAAGGAGUUUGCAGACUCUCUGGGUAUCCCAUUCUUGGAAACCAGUGCCAAGAAUGCCACCAAUGUGGAGCAGGCCUUCAUGACCAUGGCUGCUGAAAUAAAGAAGAGGAUGGGCCCUGGGGCCACAGCUGGUGGAGGGGAGAAGCCCAAUGUGAAGCUGACCCCCGGCACUACUGUCAAGCCUUCAUCAGGAGGGUGCUGCUGAGAGAAGCCGCUUCCACUUUGAUCCUCCCUCCCUGCCUCCCCCUCUGCAGGCCUGUCAACCUGGCCACCACCCUCCUCUAAAUUCCACUAUGUCCCAGCAAAGGCCCAUCACAACUAGACAGGACAGGGAAUACAUGAGUCACAACAUGUGUAUGUGAGAUGUGUUUGUGUGUAAGAUGAAGUUGCCUGUAUUUGUACUGUACAUAAUGUAGCCGCACUACCAAAAAUAAAUGAAGCAUCCUUGUUGUCAUUCUGUCCUGUUAUUGAUGACAAGUUCUACAGAUCAUUUGAUCCAGUCCUUAUUCCCCAUCAUCCAUCUCAGAGACUAUUCUUUUAUUUGGCCCUCUGAAUGCAGAUUCAUGAGAACUGUCUGUCUGUCUGUCUGUCUGUCUGUCUGUCUGUCUGUCUGUCUGUCUGUCUGUCUGUCUGUCUGUCUGUCUGUCUGUCUGUCUGUCUGUCUGUCUGUCUGUCUGUGUGUGUGUGUGUGUGUGUGUGGUGGUGGUGGUGGGGGGUUCUGUUUGUAUGGAUCUUUUCUGUUGUUUCUCUUUUCCUUCAAUGAUUUUGUUGCUGUUUGUAUCAGCAUGUGUGUCUCGCUCUGUCCUUAUUUCAAAGUGUGUUUUAUUUUCUGCACCACAGUGUGUCUCACUGUCCAGCAUCUAGUGCAACAAUAUAUGUACAUAAAUGUUAUGUAUAUAUAUAUAAGUAAAAUCUGAUUUGCCAGUUCUGUAGUCCUCAAUACAUUCUUGGGAUAGUCUUGACUCUUUAUCUCUGCAUUAAAUUUGUGGCUGAAGACAACUGUAAGUUUGUUGCUCAACAUGUAACACUUCAACUGAAAAUAAAUAUUGUACUACCAGACUGUAUGAAAUGAAAAGACCUGUCUGCGAUUCUUGGUGAGAUGUGUAGAAUACCUGUUUUAAUUAUUUAUUCUACUUUUAUUUGGCAAAACUACUGCCAGUUACAUUGGGUCUGUUUACAAAUUGCUGUGUAAUCUCAGUACAGAAUUGCAGAUAUAAAAUACAAUGUUCUCUUGUUUUCAUAAUAAAGGCAACUGAAUUCAUUUUGAAAGGAACUCUGGGACCAGUGUUUGCUGU